UCGAAUCGGUUUUAAGGUUUCAAAGUUCCUACGGUUUCGCAAGAGGGUCAUCAGCUGUACUGAUGGUGAUGAAUAAUGCACUUCAUAUCAUCUACCUGUUGAUUUGGUUAUAGUUUGAUAUUUUUGAAAUGGACCAUUUCUGAAAUAGAGCUUUAUCUAUGGUGGCAUAUAUCUAUUGAAGGCGCUACCCCGUGACUAACGUAUUUUGGCUAAUACGUGAAGUGUUUGUAAUCUAAUUGGCAACCAACACGGUGUGACUAUGGGAUAAGCCGUUAAUAGAAUCAGAAGCUGUGUUUGAUGGAAGAGUGUUCUCCCAAGACACCAACAUGGUCCCCGUUUGUUCCAAUGGUGAGAAUGUGAAAUGUGCUGGGCGUGAUUGUGAAAUGUCGUUACCUUCGAUGUACAAGUUUGUGAUUUAUCUGUCAAUGCUGGUGGUGGCUGAGACUGCAUCUGUGGUAGACCAGCUUCUGUAGAGUAUGAUCGAGAAUAAAGAGGAUCUACAAAGGAAUCAUAGCGGAUUAUUUGCGAACGACAAUCCAAGAAAUUGAGUUCCCCUGGAAAUGGACGAGCGCCCCGAUUCUGAUAUUGCAGCAUCCUCGGAUAGCAUCCAGUACGACAGGCUCAAAUAUGCUGACCCGGAAGCGCUGAUGCGUCAUCUGUACUACGCAUGUAUGAGGAAUGUCACCAGUAACAGUGGUGGUUCUUCCGCUGGACAAGUGGCAGCAGCAGCGUUGAAGAGCGGCGUCAACCCCAGAAAUAUCCGACAGGUGCAGCAGACGCAACUGUUCUGUCCCAGGCGUUUCGAUGGCUGGACCUGCUGGGAACCCCAACCGGCCGGUUCGGUUGCCCAAAACUAUUGUCCCAAUUUUGUGCUUGGUUUCGACGCGAAUCGUUUGGCCUACCGGAUAUGCCAUGCCAAUGGAUCCUGGUUUACGCAUCCUGAUUCUGGCAGGGAAUGGUCCAACUACACCAACUGCAUUGAUGUGGAUGAUAUGAAGUUUCGGCGGUUGGUUAACGACCUGUACAUCGGCGGCUACACCAUCUCGCUCGUAACGCUCAUCGCGUCGCUGUGCAUCUUCGUUAGCUUUAGGACUCUCAAAUGUACUCGCAUACGCAUCCACAUCAACUUGUUCAUCUCCCUGGCGCUGAGCUGCAUCUUUUGGAUUGUUUGGUACAAGUUCGUUGUCGAAGAUCCGGACGUAACCAACAUGAACGGGAACUGGUGUAUAGCGUUGCACAUCCUGUUGCAUUAUCUAAUGCUAGUAAACUAUUUCUGGAUGUUCUGCGAAGGAUUGCACCUUCAUCUAGUGCUCGUGAUAGUGUUCAUCAAAGAUGCAAUAGCAUUACGCUGGUUCUUCACCAUAGGAUGGAUUAUUCCGGUGGCAAUCAUAUCGAUCUAUGCUUACAUUCGGAAUAAAUACUCACUCGACACGGAGCACUGCUGGAUGAACGAAAGUCACGCGAUGUGGCUGCUGACGAUUCCGGUGUGCUUCUCGCUCGUUGCCUCGCUAGUGUUCCUCAUCAACGUGGUCCGGGUUCUGCUGACCAAGCUCAACUCUACCUCACCCAAUCCGGCCCCGCUCGGUUUGAGGAAGGCCACCCGAGCGACACUGAUUUUGAUUCCGCUGUUUGGCCUGCAGCACAUCCUGCUGCCGUUGCGUCCGGACAAGGGGUGCGCGCUGGAACCCUACUACCAGGUGGUUUCGGCGGUGCUGAUCAGCCUGCAGGGGGCGUGCGUUUCCUGUUUGUUCUGCUUCGCGAAUCACGACGUGAUUUUUGCCAUCCAGUGCCAGCUGAGCCGGUUCUUCCCGCAGCUGGUGCGUCAUCCGUUCCGCGAAAGCUACAACGGCGGCCAACCGGCCACGCAGAGCCGCGAUAUGGUGGUAUGACUGCUGGGCUUCCGGCGCGGCACGAAGACGACCGGAAGUCAUGAGGUUAUCGAUGAUUGCAUCGAAGGUGGAGUGUAGAGGAGCGUAUGCCGGUGGGAAUUCAGUGUACAAAAAUCGAUAAAACAAAGGAUAUUUUUAGAUGUUAGUUGUGGGAUGGAAUCGCAGAGAUCGUGUUUAUUUUUCGCUGUAUGAUCGGAUUGAUGUGGUUUCAAAUUCUAUGGGUAAUAUUUUAUCUCGAACGUUGGGUCUAUUAGGAAAUGAAAUGCAGUGCCAAAAUAAAUUCAAGAAAAUGGUCAAUCGGUGUCACUUUAGUGUGGUCACAACUCUUGAAGAGUGGGAUCAAUUCUACGAGCAAAGUGUCCAUUCAAAAUAUUCCGACUGAAUUCGAUCGUGCAAUUAAAAUGGGAUUAGUCAACACUCUACUCGUAGAAUUAUAU